GCUCUCCUCCCUAAUUUGCAUUCUUGUUUCGCUCUCUUUAUAAAUAAAACUGAAACUUCCUCCUUGAACUUGAGAUGUGUCGUAACCUCAGACUGACCACUUUGUUUGCUGGUACUCUAAACCUCCUAAAAUGACUUUAAAUAUCACCUUCGUUUUUCUAUUCUCCACACUUUUUGUGUCGACAUGCUGUGCUGGAAUAGUGCGUGAAGCAGGGCCAGAAGAGGAAGCAUACGCUAUGAAAAUGUGGCGUGAAAUGUGUCUAGAGGGUCGUCGUGAUUUCGCCAUGGAUGGGAAUAAUAACCCCGUUUUUUGUGCCAUGGAUGAGAAUAACGAGAACAAUCCUGCCACCGUGAAAAUCGUUUAUCCUCCAAUCAAAUUGCAGAAACCAAAAUCUAGUCCAGAGAACCAAAUCAUUGUUAUUGACCCACCGUCUCAUGUGUACAACCACAAAAUCACAAUUCAAAGAGAUUCGACCCCCGCACCAAAAACUACCAUUUAUGUCCGACCCCAAGCUGACCAACAUCGUUUGGAGGUCAUCCAACAAAAGACCGAUGAGAAUGAUUCUCCACCACAGCCAACUAUCCUGUUUUUGAAUCGGGAGGGAGGAGCACGCAUGUUUAAUGCUAAAGACGGGAGGGCAUCAGUAUCUGAGAAGGAUUCAUUUGAGGGACAAGGAUCAGAACAGGUGGAGAAAGGAAGCAGGGGUGAUAUUUUUUCCAACGUUGGCGACACAAAAUUGGACAUUACUGGUCAAACCGAUAUCCUAGGUCAAAGCGUGGUUGGAAGUGCAAGCAGUCCAAUUAAUGUAAUUUACUCUGCGUCGUCGGAUGGCACGAAUGAAGAGUCGGGUGUGAGUAGCAUUGGAGCUAUUUCCAGCCAGAUUACUGGUGAAACUUUGCCUGAAGAUGAGAAGCCUGAUAAUAUUUCAUCAUCCGUCUUAUCAAAUGGGACUUCUGGAACACGUGACGGUAAUAAUGAAAUCAGGGAAACUAUCACUGGGGAAAGAACUUCCGGUUCGGGUUCAGUCCUUAUUUCCACUUCUUACUCAUCUGCUACUGCCAGUGAAGAUCAGGAUGGAAAUCAGUACACCGUAUCAAUUGGACGCAUUUCAAGUCCUGAAUCAGUUUCGUCCACCAAAACCUCCCAGCAAGAUCAAAUCAGCUCUGAUCCUUCGUCCACCAUUGGUCCCUCAUUUCCAGAAAACGAUCAAGUGAACCCUAAAAUUAUUGGAGUAAAUGAUAAUCCCACCAGCUCUGACAUUGCUUCAGUUGUCUCAUCCGUUCGUAGUGCAAGCUACUAUCAAAUUCCCUACUCUCGAUAUGCAGAAGGUCCCUACGCCUAUGUUCCAAGUAGCUUCUAUCCCAAAUCAGCAACGGAUGAGACUUAUAAAGUUGGCAUCUCUGCAUUCCCCUCCACAUUUGACACUGAUUCAUAUGCACCAAGUCAUGCUUACACCUUUCCUGUGGAACAACAAUAUGAAAAUGGUCAAGUAGAAGAACAAACAGCUUCAUCAUUCGGAAAUAUUCAAGUCCAGCAAUCCAACCCCACUACCAGUGAUAUCAAAGCAUCCUCCCCAGUGGCGUCCGGAGCGCUGACAUCGAACGCUGAAAUUUAUUCGGCCAACAGUAAUGCUACUUUUCAACCUAACGAAUACAGUUCCAAAUCUACCGUUUCAUAUUCUGUUGGCCAAGCUGAAAAUAGUCCAGUAGUCGAGUUAUCAGCUUUUUAUGACCAGACCAAUGAUACAUCAGGUAGAUCAACAACACAGAAAAACAAAGCUUCACGUCGACAAGGGCGAAGAAAGCAACACCAACAACAAAAGGGCAGUCGUACUGACGGAAAGCAACAACCAAACAUUGACCUAAAUGGAAAUGCUACGUCUUCAGCCUUUUUCCAAAUGGACAAUACGGAAAUGAUGCACUUUUCUGUAAGACAUCCAUAUUAAACGUUAUCUUAUUGUUGGUUUAACACGCCGUAUGAUAAGGGUAAUUCCCACCAUAAUUUAUUUCGUAAUCUUAUCUCGUUUCGAGUCUAGUUUAGUGACAGUGUAUUUAUCGUAUGGAAUGUUAUUUAUGUAUAAGCAUUUAUAUGUGCAGUGUGUACAUAUGUAUGUAUGUAUCUAAGUACGUAUUAUUCAAUAUUUUAAUCCUAGACUUGAUUAUUGCAAUCAUGGGUGGCAGAAAUAUGUACAUAUCUCCAUGAUGUGAUGAUAAAUAAAGUGAUGUAAUUGUAUAGCUAAAAUUAAGA